AUGUCUCAACAGCAACAACAGCACCGCGUAGAUCCAAAAGUCUGGCAGGCUUUCGCCGGAGAUUCCUUCACCGUUCCGAAACUUCAUUCCAAAGUAUACUAUUUCCCUCAAGGUCAUUUACAACAUGUCUGCCCAAACACUCCUAACACUCAAACACUCGAUGGUUGCCGUCCCAUGAUUCUCUGCACAGUUUCCGCCGUUGAUCACCUUGCAGAUCGUGAAACUCAUCAAGUUUAUGCAAAAUUACUUCUCACUCCCGUAAUUGACGGAAGUGUCGUUCCUCUUGAGAGUAGCAACGAAGAGGAUGGUGAUCAGAUUGUUUCCUAUGCUAAGAUUCUGACCAAUACUGAUGUUAAAAGAGGAGGUAAACUCUACGUACCUAUGGCCUGUGCCAACUCAAUCUUUCCAGCGCUCCCGCCGGUUGACUCUAUAAACCAAUCUCCAUGUCAAGAUCUCUUUCUCACCGACGUUUGCAGUGUAGUCUGGAAAUUUCACCAUGUCCACCGGAAAUAUCCCUUUCAACACUUGUUCUCCAGUGGUUGGAGUGGAUUUGUUGGUGCUAAGAAACUCGUCAGCGGUGAUACUAUUGUUUUUGUUAAAAACUCGGUUGGAAAUAUCUCACUUGGAAUUCGCAGGAAAACAAAGGUUGCCGGCACUGCCAAAAUAACUAAAAAGGAAGUGAGUAUGGCAAUAAAGUUGGCAGAGAAGAACGCAGCGUUUGAGGCUGUGUACUAUCCGACGGUUGGUGGUUUUGAUUUUGUGGUUGGAGCAAAGACUGUGGAGGAUGCAAUGAAGGUUAAUUGGAGAUGUGGGAUGAGAGUUACACACAUGGUGAAGAAUGACGAUACUCCAAAGGGAAUUUCCAUUUUUAAUGGUACAAUAUCUAAUUUCUCCCCUCCUUCAACUCGUCCAUGGCGCAUGCUUCGGGUUGAAUGGGAUGAUCCUCAAGUCUCUGAGAAUCUAAAGCAAUUAAGUCCUUGGCAGGUUGAAGUUAUUGAAUGGGAUAUACAAUUCCCUCCAACAAAAAAGUUGAGAGGUGCUCAAGGUUCUGUCUUAUCAAGUGAGAUAGAGAGAGAUCCUUCAAGGUUCAAUAGCAUGCACCAUCAUGCUUCCACUUCUUCCAACUACAACACCAAGAAAACUAGUCCGGCUUCAAUAAUGUUAUUUGGUCACAGGAUACAACCUAUUGAAAGUGAUUUCAAUGAUUCUGAUGUAAAAUCAAUUUUAUGA